GUUUCUUGAUGUCAGUCAGGAGCAGCAGCAGCUUUGCCACCACCUCUCCUGAUUCACUUCUGUGCUGCACUUGGCGACCAUAUCGGCCGUCAGGGAAAGAAAAUGCCAACGGGAUGAUGGGAUCGUAGGCCUCGCGCAUACAAACUGUAAAAUGUCAACUAUUUUAUCGACGCGUUGAGUGCUUCUGGGUUAUCGAGUUAGGAUCGUGAUCGACUCCGGUCUGUGUUUUAUCUGUCGCUGUCUCUAGCCUCGGGAAAAUGUACCCGACUAUUCUUGAUCUCAUUUCUUUCGCAAACAAAAGAAGACACCCGAAAAAACUAUAAAAGAAGACGACAGAAGGAUCGGUCCAGGUGCCCCCACCUCAUGGAGAAAGUUGGCAAGGUGUGGAGCAACCUGAAGAAGGGAUGUCAGUCUCUGAUUCACCCAGAUAGGGGAUCCUGUAAUGAGACGCCACUACAGCUUCAGUCACAACCAGACACGGUAUGCCCCAAUGUGGACCGGGCCCAGGGAGAAAGCAUGUUAGAGGUAGUUAAUCCCUCUACCAGUGCACUCCCUCUAGUGGCAUGGAGGACCAGUGGAAGUGUGUCACGGCGGGGCCAUAACUGUGUAACAGAUGCACCCCAGAUACUAGAGAUCACAGUUGAGCAGGACACUGAAGAUGCACGGCCACCCUUUGGAGCCCGCAGGGAUUCGUAUUCACGCCACGCUCCUUGGAGUGGAAAGAAGAGACACUCAUGCUCCACGAAGGCUCAAAGUUCUCUGGAGAACACAGAUCGCCGAUCAGGCCGGUUGAGGCGCAGACAUGGUACUGGAAGCAGCCGGGAAGAUGCAGAACCAGUCCGCUCGUUACGUCAGCAGAUCCAUGAUACAAUGGGUCUGUGCCUCCCAUUGCGCUCAUCCUCUCGAAGUGUCAACCUUCCACCACCCAAAAGAAAAAUUCAAAUAACAGAGUUAAUGCUGGAGACAUGCCCCUUCGCACCGGGAUCAGACCUAGCCCGAAAAUGGCAUCUUAUUAAACAGCACACAGCACCGGUCGCAGUGAUGCCAGUGGAUUCAUCGUUGGAUGCCUGUGGCGCUACCUGCGCAUCACCGGAAGAUGAGGAAGAACGUUUGCGAGAACAAAGGCGGCUUAGCAUUGAGGAGGGUGUGGAACCACCUCUAGAUGCCCAGAUCCACACAGUGGAUGCCAUAACUGCCCCCUUAGCUUCCCUUUAUAAGCUGGGACCUAAGCUGGCACCUGGAAUAGGUGAGGCCUCAAGUGAUAGUCGGGGCGCAACUGCAGUUAACUGUGACUCUGAAGAUGAUGACACCACAACUCUUUGCUUGCAAGCUCGUAGGCCAAAGCAGCGCCAUUCUUCAGCAGAGGGCCAUCUGGGAAAGCAGCCGGGCCCUUGGAAAGUACACACCCAGAUUGACUUCAUCCACUGCCUGGUUCCUGAUCAGCAGCAGAUUACAGCACUACCCUGCUACUGGGGUGUGAUGGACCGAUAUGAAGCCGAAGCGCUUCUGGAUGGUCGGGCUGAGGGUACCUUUCUGCUUCGCGACUCUGCUCAAGAAGACUACCUAUUUUCCGUUAGCUUCCGCCGCUAUGGCCGCUCGCUGCACGCACGUAUCGAACAGUGGAACCACAACUUCAGCUUUGAUGCGCAUGACCCCUGUGUGUUUCACGCAGCCACCGUCACGGCACUGUUGGAGCACUACAAAGACCCUAGCUCUUGCAUGUUUUUUGAGCCAUUGCUCACAGUACCUCUGCACCGGACCUUCCCUUUCGACCUGCAAAGCCUGGCUCGAGCUGCAAUUUGCAAUGGGAUCACGUACGAUGGCAUUGCGGCCCUGCCGCUGCCCCCUGCUCUGCAGGAUUACCUCAGGGAGUAUCACUACAAGCAGAGGGUGCGUGUACGCUGGCUUGAGAGAGAGACGGUCAAGGGCAAGUGAGGCAAAGCAGAAGGACUUCUCAAUUUCUUGACAGGAGUAAUCCAUACAGCACUUUGCAGAGGUGGAGGAAUUAAGCAUUUUUGGGGGGAAGGGCUGUUAUGUUUGAGGUAUUGAAGGAGGGACCUGAAAUCAAACACAGUAUAUAAGCUUCUAUCAUUUCUUUAUCACUAACAAAGUAAUACAGGUAUAAAAGGCUCUACAGUGUGCACAUUUACUACAGGACUUCAGGACUAGGCUGAAUAAACGGAGGUCUUAGCUUCAGAUGUUACCUUUAUAGUCUUGUUCAGUGGAUACCUUCAUGCCCUUCCAGCCUUCAUUGGAUGGCUGUGGAUACUUCACAAAAUAAUUUCAGUACCAUUCGCUUUUCUGUCUACCCUUAAUUCUCAUGUAAUAUUGUAUUAAGUAAUAUUGCUGACAAAAUUCAAGGGGGGUGGAAGGGUAAUGUUCAAAAAAAUAUUUCAACAUCCUUAGCUGCUUUCAUGGUGCUCUGUCAGUGGUUCACAUGUCAUCAUUCUGUGCUCAUUCCACAGUUAGAGGAGAGCAAGGAAAGACAGUGUUUACCCUGCUCAAAGAGAACAAGGCAGAGGGAUCCACUAAAGAUGGAUUGAUUUUAAACCUUUAUAUCCAGACGCCCUUCAGAACGCAUCGCCGUGGAGUAAAGGGCUAUGUGGCGUUCCGCUUUCCUUACACUUCCAGGAAGUGAUAAGGAUGGCGAUGCACAAUGCGCCAUGUGAUGUUGGAGCACUUCGUUUUGAAAAAAAAAAAACGUUACUCUCACUUUGCGUUCUGUUGCUGUCAGUGAGUUUUGUAUUUGUUGAUUCCUACCACUAAUUGCACAGGGGGGUGACUAGUUCUCUAUAGUCGUUUUUUUGUAUUGUUGCGAAUGGUCUGUCAGUGGCCUGGAGGUUGGUCACUGAUUAAGAGCACUUUAACUUAGCUGUGCUUAUGUUAGUGGGAGCAGCGAUGGUCAAUACAGAAACCCGCUGCACUGGGACCAUUUUUGUUAGGUAUAAUCACCCUCCUUUAUAGAAGAACACUUUGUCUAACCCACAUUGGUCAAUAGAGGGCAAAGUUUGUUUUGAUUUGAACAAUCAGUGUCAGAAUUGCUGGUUUGUUAUUAAGGCCUUUUGGAUUUUGGGUUGAUUUUAGUGAUUUAAUGAUUAUGAGUACAUUCACAUUACAUUUAUUCAUUCAGCAGACAUUUUCCCCAAAGUUGUAUUCAAGGAAGGAAAGUUUAGGGUUUUCCUAGAAAAUCUGUACAAUUACAUUAUAGGCCUCUACAGCCAAGACUAGCUUCUUGGGAAGGCCGUAUCAGUCAGAAUCUGCAAACACUUAACUUGUAAAGUAAAAUAAGAGUUUCAAAUGCCAUAAAAAGGUGUUCUUGGUAAAUAUAGGAAAAAGGAAAUAUUGUUUUAGUCCCAACAUCCAUACACAUACAGUACAUCUAGUCACUUAAGCAGUGUGCCUUCAUACAUCUCAAGCUUUAAGUUUAUUAUGUGGUGCAUGUAGUGGAAACUUACAAACAGUGGUCUGAUUUAAAAACACAUCAUGACAUCAAUGUGCCUGCACCAAAUUCAAAUGGCACCAUGGAGAGAAAUAUAAGAACAUCAUCUUCAUAGGCCCGGUGCUGAUGUAUGCUGCAUUGAUAGAUUUGUCUUGUUUUGAUUAGAUCAAAUAGACCUGCCAAAUGUUCACGUUAGGCUAAGCUUAGGCUUGCAACACCUAAACAGUGUGCUAUAACCAGCUUUGUGUGCUCUUUGUGUUGAGCUACCCCAUCCUACCCGUAUCACACCAUUAGGAAAAGUUUUGGUUUAUCUAUAGUACCUUGAUGCAUUAAAAGUCGUCUUCCUUCACAUUAUUCAAACGAUUCAUCUAUUUUUCCAUGUGCAAGACAGCAUCUAAGGGUCAGAAUUCAGAGACAUGAGGAGCGUACCCGCCAUCCUGCUGUGCAUUGUGUGGGUAAAUGAGUGCAAUUUAGAGGCUCGGCUGGGAAGGUGACAGUGAAGCAGGAUCAAAAUAGAUGAUUUUGCAUCUGAACAGGGGUCAGAGGUCCUGCUUAUAUACUGCUCACCUCUUAAGGUGUGUCAUGCUUGGCUUAGCUCUGGACACUCCUCAGUGCACUAAUCCAUUAAACUUGAUGUGUACCUACAUAUACUUGUGUACCUGUUAUUAUCAGGGGUGGAACUUGUGUUCGGUCAGAUAGUAGAGAUGGGCAUCUUGGUGUCUCAUGUCUUUCUUCUAGUUUUACUAAAGAAGUAAUAGAUUAAAAUAUAUCUGUCUCUCUCUCUAUAUAUAUACAUCUAUAUAUAUAUUGAUACAGAUUAAAAUGAAAUAUUUUCAUACAAGUAAUUGCUUGAAAGAAAUGCAAUAAUGUUCUUGGGCUUAGUUUUUGUGGUGACCCAUGUGAAAAACAGAUGUGAAAUGUCUGAGAAGGUCUCCUUUAAAAGUGUUAUCAGGGUCGUGUCAUUCUGUCCACGUUAUGAUAUAAUGGUUCUAGUGCAAUGCGUCAAGAUAUAUGAGAGAAACUAUGGGUUUGUGACCAAAGGCUCUGGUGUUUACGAUCAUAGAUGGAGAGAAUGGAGAAAAGUGUCGGUGUGAUUGCGUUCGGUUCCCAUCCUCUUAAAGGGACACUUCACCCAUUUGCAUUAAGCUUUGUAUAGUUAGAACCCCAGUCAUGUUUUUGAAUGGUCAUGCAUAAUUUCCUCAGUUGCCGCUCAGACAGAAGAAAUACAGAUUUCUGUGUUGCACUGCCUUCUUUCAAUGAUGUAAAAAUCAUCAUUUUGCAUCAUUGAAAGCAGGAAGUCCAAUAUCUUUGUUGAGGGGUUGAGACUACAAACGCCCCUUUUCUCGGUCAAAUAGGCACCAGAUUCGAAAUGUAUGUUACAUUUCGACUACAAAUAUCACACACUUUCAAUAAAGAUUCAUGUUUCUAUGGGUGAAAUGCUCCUUUAAAAUGAUUUUAAAAAUGGGGUCUAGUUUUAUACCCAAAAGGUGCUAAUUGGCUGACUGUAUGGAUUUUUCAUUAACUUCGAAAGUGCCUUUACCCUAAAAUAACUUCAUCAUCUCCUCCAACAUCACGAUUUUAGUAGACCCCUAUCUAGUUAAUUAACAUCUUACAAAUUGCAGUAAAUGUUAUAGAAAUUGCAAAAAAUGUAUGUAAUGAGUAUUUAUACAAGUGUAUAGUUCUGUAGUUCUAUAUCAAAAUAUAUUAGCGUACACAAAGCUUUUAAUCCUGAAUAUUUGGGUACCUUAGUUAGUAAGACCCUAAGUUUUUGCUUUUUACACAACUACAGAGUUAAAUGUGUCCAAUUUAAAGAUCAGCGGGUACAUGAUUGACUCAAAUGAUUGCACAGAAAGAGACAAUGUGCAUGGAGGGCUACAAAGCAAGAUGAACGUUCACGAUUGUGGGAUGUAUGUGAUACUAAGACUUUAGAUUGGCAGUAUGUGGCUUGACAGUGAUAUACACCUGUCAAUAGUCAUGUUAGAGUAGAGGAAUUUCAUGCACUGUAAAAAAAGUCAUUUCAAAUUACUUUUAUUUAUCUUGACUAGAGAUGAAUUGUUAUAACUUAUUAAAUAUAACUGAAAAAAGCCAACUUCAUUUUAUAAGUUGUAGCAACUAAUCUCUUUCUCAAGAUAAAUAAUAGUAAGUUGUCAUGACUUGUAAAUCUGAGUUGAUUCAACAAAAAAAUAAGACAGCAAAGAUUUUUUUACAGUGUGUCAUUUCAUUGAAGGCAUUUUUUUUAGGAUGUAACUGUGCAAUGGUAGAAAAAAGCCAUGUUGCAAGCCUAUUUAGUGCAGAGCUGUCUGCAUUACAAACAGAUAGUUUUUUUUUUUUUUUUGUGAAUUGAUGUUUCUGUAUACUACAACCCAUAGGAAAGGGGGCUUUUUUAAGCUUUUUUAGUUUAACAAAAUAAACCAGGAAGCAUCACCAGUUAAAACUUCAAGUCACGUUUAAGCUCUAUAUGCACAUCUGUUUUGGAUAAAGGGGCUAAAGGUGGGCUCAAGACUGGGUGUCAUGUCAACACUAUCUGACAAUGAUUGGACUUAAGAUGACUCUUGCACCACCUGGCUCUGUAUUUUGAUUGGACCCUUGGGACUGGGCCCUCAAAACGCUGCAACAUACAGCAUGAGUUCUCUGCAUUGACAUGGAUAUCACGGUCUCUCUUUAACUAUCUUAUAUAUUAUUUUAUUUUUUACUUUUAUUUUUUACACUGCCCAAGAUGUGUACUGUACCGUGUAAUUAUUCACGCCUCUCUUGCCCUCUGUUAUGUUAUCCUUGCUUCAUUUUCUCUUCUGUACAGUUAAUGGUCCCAGGCUGUUACUAAGUUGUUCCGUUGUAUUAUUUUGUUUGACUAUGGGUUGCAGUUUGCUGUUUUUGGGGGGCAGAGAGUCACUCUGCAUGCCCCUCUUUCACCAGUAGCUGUCACUCUUGGUGCUCUUGGCUUAUGCUUCAUUGUCUUAAUAUUCAAAAAUAAAAGUGUUGUAUGUGUAAACUGCUCGUGUCUGUUCAGAUUCAGAUUUUUUACCAUACCAGGCUUCCUGCAGUAAUGGGGACAUCUUUUGGAAAUACAUGUAAUUUUAAAAUAGUUUUUUUUUUUUUACUUUUUCUAUCCUAAAAAUGCCAAUAGACUGUAAUGUAUAUUCAAACAUGGGUUCCAAGCUGUCUUUGGGGCAGUACCUUUGAAAAGGUUCCUUUUCCUUGUACCAUGUACUUUUGAGGUACUAAUAUGAACUCUUUAGGGCAGUGGUUCUGAAACUUUUUCGGCGUGCGCCCCCCACCAAAUGUGACAUCAUAAAACAUUGAAAAUGUACAUUUUCAAAACAUAUUUAACUAUGCAAUGUAGUGCUGUUGGUUAGUAGCCUUAUUUUUUCUGAGCACUUUUUAAAAGAAAAUCCAGAUAAUUAACUCACCAACAUGUGAUCC